GUCAUCGCACCAUUACCCGGAAGUGGUAGGAAGACUGACGAGCCGACAUUUCUGUGAGUUGUUGUCGUCUGUUGUUUAGGCUCGUCAACUGAGCGCUCCCGGCAGAUGAAUGGCGAGAGCGGUGGUGGCAGCGGCGGGGCCGACGUCUCUGUCCCGUUUUAAAGGUGCUUUGGUCGCGGCCGUGCUGGGCGAUUGUGUCGGCGGAGAGUUCGAGGGAGUUGCGGAGGUUCCCAUAGAGAAUGUACUGCAGCACAUGAAUAGUCUGGACGAUGAGACCAAAGGAAAUGGUAUCCUUGAAUACAGUGACGACACAGCUAUGGCACGUUGUGUGGUCCAGUCUCUGCUCACCCGGGCUGGGUUUGAUGAGCACGACAUGGCUCGCAGGUUUGCAAAGGAGUACAGCAUAUCCCCAGGUCGUGGUUAUGGUUCUGGAGUGAUUCAGGUGUUAAAGAAGUUGGCCUCCCCUCACCUCAGUGAUGUGUACCAGCCAGCCAGGGAUCAGUUCAAUGGUCGGGGUUCUUUUGGGAAUGGAGGCGCAAUGAGGGCGGCCCCCUUUGCGUUGGCGUUCCCUGAUCCAGCUGAUGUUAAAAAGUUUGCUCGUUUGGGUGCUAUGCUGACUCACUCUUGCUCCCUUGGCUACAAUGGGGCAGUUCUACAAGCAUUAGCAGUACACCUUGCCCUGCAGGGUGCAUUGGACCUCCCUGAGACGUUCAUCGACACACUCAUCUCAGAGAUGGAGGAAGUUGAGGCUGAUGAGGUGUCACAGAAUGAUGCCAGAAUUCUGAAGGAAGCAGAGAAGCCAUUCUGUAACCGGCUGCAUCGAGUGCGGGAUUUGAUGGACAUGAGCAAGGUCACCAUAGAGGAGGUCAUUUCUGAGCUAGGGCUGUGGGCAUGCUGGAGCUAUCUUUCCGGCGAGAAGCGAGGUAAUGGCAUCGCAGCACUCCAGUCAGUACCGACCGCCAUCUUCUGCGUUCUCCAUUGCCUGCAACCGAGGGAAUACCUUCCAGAGAACUACGGUGGCCUUGAGCGGACAAUAGCCUACAGUUUGGCACUGGGUGGGGACACAGAUACCAUAGCCUGCAUGGCUGGGGCAAUCGCCGGAGCCCACUAUGGCAUCGAGGUCAUCCCUCCACCAUGGAUCCGCUGUUGUGAGGGGGCAGACGAUGCGGAUGUGAACGCAGAGCGGCUUCACAUGCUUUACCAUCAGGUAUCGCAGGGCAGUGGGACACAAGAAAGUGAUCAGAGCAGCGAAGACACAUCUGACAACCAUCAAAAGUCUUCAAACGGCACAGAGAAGUAAACCACAAGCAAAACAUUACAUACAUUUUUCACACAGAACUAUUUUCUCCUCUGCUUGUCACCUCAGAAACUUUGAAGGAGGGUAAAUCACAUUUUUAGUUGGGGAAAAAUGGCAACUGUUCUUCAGCAUUGUAUCAGGACAAAUACAAAAAAGAUUAAGGACAUUCAAGAAGUACUUUCUCAAAACUUCGUAUGGUGCCUUUGACAUUCUGUCAAAACACACAAAGGAUGAAGAUUUAUAGUACAUUCAUCAUGUACUUGUAACACUCCCCUUUAAAUCACCAUAAUUUGUCUUGUAUAAUACAAAUGUUUUCCGAAUAUAUUCAUCAAAAGUUGAUGGUAUUUUGCCGUGAUAUCAGGAAAAUGAACUUUUUUCUCCACAUUGUAUAACAUACUGUUACCUAGGGUGAAAAAUGUGUACUUUUAUUCCAAUAUUUAGUCUGUUACAAAUUUAUAUAUAAUACAAUAAAUGUUUACUUUCAUUCAUAUUGACAUCUGUAAACAGUCCAGCCUGUCAUGAUUGAAUCUCUUUUGAAUCUAGAACAUAUUUCAUCGAGUACAUGAGUAAGUUAAAAAAAAAUAGAUACAUAAAAUAACAUGCAUGUUGUUCUUAUUUAUGAGGCUGGACUUCUCCACGCGCCGCCAUUCAGUUCAGUCAUACAUUUUGUUAUAUGUACAUUUAAACAUUAAAUGUCUUCAAAAUCA